AUGUCUCUUCUAAUUUUGGCCUUUUUCUUAACCAUUGCCCUGAUUUUCUUGUUGAAUUCAUCACUCAACCUGCAUGAGGACAACACAAUCAAGGCACUAAGCAUCACGCGCACAGUCGCUUCCAUAUACGGGACACCCUCAACUCCGGCCCCAAAUCCGCCUAAUCCGGCUCAGAAUACUGGAAUUCCUCUUGCCAAUCUGGGAGUGGGUGGGUGGGAAGAAUUCCGCUCUUACAUACGGCAUAUUCCUAUCUGCUGUUGUACUUACGCUACCCUCUUUCACAACAUGGCAUGUUGGACGCUUCAUUCCGUCCAUUUUACUCAUAUGGAUGGGAUAUACAUCUCUUGUUUUAUUAAUGAUGGUAUCUUCCGUAAUUUUGAUACCAAUAAAAACUAUUCUUGUUGUCAACAAACAACCUCUCACUCCAUUCACCAAAACAUUCUCACUCAGCACUCAACACUCAGCGAGACCUUGCGAAAAUCUCUGUCAUUCCACUACGUCUUUACUCUGUUGAUUCUCGAACCCAGUUCAUCAGUCAUCAUGCCUGUCAAAGUAUAUUCUGAUACAGAGAUUGCAGAACUUCUCAAGCCACAGAGCUUCGACUGGGCCGAUGACAAGGAGGAAUUGGAAGAAUACCCUUCCUGCGACACAUCUGGCCCCAAUUACCAAGAGCCAGAUGGAGAGUGUGUUCCCGCAAAGGUCGUCGAUGAACCUUCGAUGGUCAGUUCCUUCGACUCCAUGCCAGAGAGGCCCUUUUCUCCAGAGCCAAUGGAGCGAAGCAAUCUAGCCUCGUCUCCAGCCGUGUACCAAGAUGAGGCGUCCAGCUGGCUCCAAGUUUCAGUGAACAAAGUCGACGCCCAGCUGGUCAGCUCUCUUAAAUACCAGGCCAGAGAGGAGAUACCUAAGGAAGACGACUAUCAGCUUCUCCAAGGUGAGGCUGCAGUGGAGUGGGAAUUCUGUCACCGAAAUGACAUCAUAUUAGACGAUUGUGAUGAGGAGCAAGAUCCCAUCCAUCAUUUCAACUGGCAUGGCCAUGCAGUCCGCGAAUAUAGCGGGACCCCAGCAGCCCAUUCGCUCUUAUAUAUCCUAUCCCGCCCGAAAACACCGGCCCCAAGAGACGAGAAUCGAAUCCAGUCGAUUCUCAAUCGGGCAACCAAAUUUGUGGACCCGGUGAUAUACGAGGGAGACUUCGCUGAGCUCCAACGAAGCGGACAAGAUCUCGUGAAUGCUGUGACAGGGCAGGUGUACAAGUUUUACAGCCCACACGGAUGCUGGCAUAAUGAUCGACGAGACAGGGAAGAAGGCACCAUCCAAGACAACGGAGUCAUGAACAUAUACAAAUGUCCUGAGUGGCUGGUGGCCAACGGGUUCUAUGAUCACCCGCUGGUCCCAACUCGAGAGCAGAUGCAUAGCAACUGGGAGAAUUUGCGGGAUUCGUCCUCUCCUUGUGCCGGCUCCGAUUGUUGGAAAGUCCGAGAGAAGAGAUCUCGACCAUAUAUCCGAUCUCCCUUGCGGCUUGCGACUGCAGUGGACACUGAUGAUUGCAGCGAUAUGAACCAGAACAAAGUACAUCGGAUGCGCGGCAAGUAUCAGUGGUGGGAGGCAUCGAGGUCUAUAGAGUGCUUUGUGAAAGAAGUCCUCUUACCUAUACCCGAGGAAGAGACCGAAUCUUCUGAUGAUAUGGCGAGCAGUCAAAGUUUGUUUUCAUCGACUGAUGCCAGCCUGUUGACAGAUUCUGAGAGUUCCGUGAUGGAAUUGCGUGAAUGGAUGUUGUUAGAUCAGAAUGACUCCUUUGAUACCAAGCCAUGUGAUCGUCGUGCCAACAAUGCGAACAGGGCCUCAAAAGGUACUGUUUACAAACAUGGCAAGGCAUCUGCAUGGAGACGUGUUCCACACAAGAUCUUGAGUGCCCGACAGACACGCCUCUAUUCUAUUGCAGUGAGAAGUCUCGAAAACACUAGAGCAGAUAGCCUGGAACGAGCAGAAGGGAGCAGGCUAUCGGAGCAACCAACCAACCAGCACAACAUGAUGAGUGAGAGCCAGGAUGAUGAGAACACUAGCAAGAAUGGACAAGAGCACUCUGCAGAUGAGGAUGUGCCUGAGAGGCAGGGCACAUCUCACACAGUCUCCAAUCCACUAGCCCUGAACCUGCCUGUUCAUGAUGCGGAACCGACUAAACACAAGAAUCCUUUGACACGUAUCAAGUCGUCAAAAUUAUCCCCAAAACGGCUCCGUAGGCAACGGGCGAAAGUAAGGGGACGAUUCUCCUCUCGAAACUCCAGUGAGGAGACACUGACCUACUUCUCGUUUCCCAAACCCGUUUUCAGCAAGGAUCUGAAAGGAUAUAAGAAAUGGCUGAGCGGAAAGGUCUGGCGAGAUAUCGCCUACAAACUCUUGGACAGCAGUUAUGUUGAUGAGGAAGGAGACUUGAGCCCGCCCGUCCUGUGUGUUGCUGCCGUGUCACGGGAGCAAAUGCCGUCACCACCACCAACGCAAGCAGAGCAAAAGCCUCGAAAGAAUUGGAUGCGAAAGGUGGCGAAGAAUUUCAUUGACGGAUUCAGUCUCAUGGGUGAUUACCCAGCGAGGUAUAUGUGA